AUGGAGGAGAAGCAGCGAAUUCAGAUUCCCCGGGUGAAACUGGGCAGUCGGGGAUUGGAGGUCUCUAGACUCUCUGGUGUCCUGAAUGCUCCUGUUUCCCAUAAAGCUGGAUGUUUACUCAUAAAGAGAGCAUUUGAGAAGGGUAUCACCUUCUUCGAUACAGCGGAUGUCUAUAGUAAUGAUCAUCACAGUGAGAUCAUGAUCGGAAAGGCUCUGAAGGAGCUUCCGCGAGAGCAGAUUCAGUUAGCGAUGAAAUUUGGCAUAGCAAGGAUGGCGGCGGGUCAAUUUGCCAUCAGAGGUACUCCUAAUUAUGUAAGAGAAUGCUGUGAAGGUAGUCUGAGGAGACUCGGGGUUGAUUACAUAGACUUGUACUAUCAGCACAGGGUGGACACCACAGUGGCGAUAGAGGAUACUAUGGGAGAACUCAAGAAGCUGGUGGAAGAAGGGAAGAUAAAGUACAUUGGUUUGUCAGAAGCAAGCAUCGAUACAAUAAAGAGAGCUCAUACCAUUCAUCCAAUCACAGCGGUGCAAAUGGAGUAUUCUCUGUGGACUCGCGAAAUUGAGGACGAAUUAAUUCCACUCUGCAGAGAACUUGGCAUUGGGAUAGUUGCAUAUAGCCCUCUAGGACAUGGGUUCUUUGGUGGGAAGGCGGCUGUUGAGAGCUUGCCUGCCGAGAGCCUGUUGGCUAUGCAUCCAAGAUUCACCGGGGAGAACUUAGAGAAGAACAAAGUUAUAUAUCGAAAAGUGGUUGAUCUCGCUGCAAAGCAUGGUUGCACUGCACCUCAACUCGCCCUGGCGUGGCUUCUUCAUCAGGAGAAUGAUGUUAUCCCAAUACCAGGGACCAGAAAAGCCGAGAACCUUGAAGACAAUAUUGGAUCAGUGGCAAUUAAGCUUAGCGAAGACGAGAUGAGAGAAAUUCGUGAUGUUGUGACCAGGAAUGAAGUAAGUUGUGAAAGAGAGAUGGAAGUAUUUACCAAGUAUACAUGGAGAUAUGCAAAUACCCCAGCAAGAUAAUGCGCGGCAUGGAUAAAAGACUGACCAUGGAUUUGCUCGAUGGAGGCGUUACUCCCUUGUUAUUUCCACUAUUUGUUGCGAGGAGAAUAUUGCAGUGAAAGUGUGACAUGGGUGGUCGUGAUAUCCGUAAUUUGGUCUUAUCAUAAGGAGCCUAAAAAAUCAUUAGAAUAAGUGAUGUAGUCUUCGAGCUUCUUGCGGUAGAAACUGCAGCGUAUGCCUGAAUGUUGGGAUUCAACAAGCAGAGGCGUUCUGUAUUAAGGUGGAGAUGCUUGGCAUGUG